AUGCAGAGUCAGCAAGAUACGAUUACACCUUUUCAGAUUCUUGGUGGUGAAGCUCAAGUUGUUCAGCCACUGAUUGUUCCCAAGCAGAUAAUGUUAAAGUCAGAGGAGAAAGUCCUGGUACUUCCCUGUUCCAUGUGCUACAUGUCUGGGUCCGUUGAGAUGGAAAAUACAUAUACUCCUGAACAAGAAGUUGGAGUCUUGCAGUGGAUUUUGGGCAAGAGUGUAAGCAGCGUAGUUCUUCGGAAUACGGGGCCAAACGAUGGAUUUGUGGGUAUUGCUGCACCUUAUUUGGCUAGGAUUCUCCCGAUCGAUUUGGCAAUGUUUGGAGGUGAGAUCUUGUGCCAGCCAGAUGCAUUUCUUUGUUCCAUCAAUGAUGUAAAAGUUGUCAACUCCGUUGACCAGACGGCAAGAAACAUCGUUGUCGCUGGUUCAGAGGUUGUUGUUGUAGGGAUUUCUGGGACAGCGCUUAUCUGGACAAGGUCUUGCUUUCAUCCUAGCCUCGCAGGUGGCUCAGUUGUACAAAAAGUUCUGGAGGUAGGAGAAGUUCUUAACAUUGACGUGUCUUGCAUCGCUGCUCUCACUCCCUCUAUCGAUGUCCAAAUCAAAUACAAUAAUGCUCCUCUGAGACGAGCAGUAUUCGGGGGUGAUAACGUGGUAAUGGCGACUCUAACGGGACCAGGCAUCGUCUUCAUCCAAAGUUUACCAUUCCAUCGGCUCUCGCAGCGUAUCGCAAGGUAAAACCAACAAUCCCAAAUCUUACUUUUGGUGGCUUUGUUAGUAACAAAAGCUUUUGCAAUAGGUCGGUUACGUCACCAAACAUGAGAGAGAAUCCAAGGUUGUUGAUACAGAUAGCGUUGUUUGCGUUCCUUGCUUACGUAGUGAUUCUAUCUUCGUUGAUCUUAACCGACGUUUGAAAGCAGAAAGACAAGUUACGAUUUUCUCCGACCAAACAUCAAACUAACGAUGCUAUUGUCUCCACGUAGCAUGGGGUUUUGGACGUUUGGAUAGAAUGAAAAUGAAAUCAUACAGCUCACCAUUUUCUUUUUGAGUUACGAGUGGGUUCAGGCACACGUGUUUAGUUACAAGAUCAAAUAACCUCUUUUUUCUUUUAGUAAUAACUAGUCUUUAAAAGAAACGUUGACCGU